AUGGAGGAGGAAGAGUUCAAGUCGAAUCUCUCUUUCUCGCAGCUUGGACUCACCUCGUGGCUGGUAAAUGCACUGAAGGCUAUGUCGAUUACUUCGCCUUCUGAAAUUCAGACAAAGUGCAUCCCCGAGAUCUUGGCAGGGAAGGACGUUAUUGGUGGUGCCAAGACCGGAUCCGGUAAAACGGCCGCUUUUGCCCUACCAAUUCUGCAAAAGCUGUCCGAGGACCCAUACGGCGUUUUUGCAGUUGUCCUGACACCCACAAGGGAGCUGGCAUUUCAGAUUGCGGAACAGUUUAAUGUACUCGGAAAGACAAUCAACCUGAAGGAUGUCGUUGUCGUCGGGGGACUGGACAUGAUGACGCAGGCGAUUGCGCUCUCCAAACGACCACAUAUUAUCAUUGCCACGCCAGGACGUCUUCGGGAUCACAUCAACUCCUCCAAGGACGCCAUGCAUCUAUCCAAAGUCAAAUUCCUUGUACUGGAUGAGGCGGAUCGACUUUUGACAGAAACAUUCGCGGACGAUCUCGGAGGAAUUCUAGAGGCCCUGCCAAAGAAGCGACAAACUCUUCUCUUCACCGCUACCAUGACAGAUGCCGUGCUGGAGUUGGCGAAUCCUAGCUCUGAGGAAGCAAACGGAAAGCCCAGCAACACGCCUGCGCCAUUCGUGUAUCAGUGCAAGACAGCCGUCUCGACCGUCUCGACCUUGGCUCAAUCCUACAUUUUUAUACCAUCUCAACUUCGAGAGACAUAUCUCGCAUACUUACUCCGUUCCGAGAGUUUCGACAAGAAAUCAACCAUCAUCUUUUGUGGACGCUGCAGGACUGCGGAGACGAUCAGACUGAUGCUGAGAGAAUUAGGCAUUGCGUGCACGGCUUUACAUUCGGAGAUGUCACAGCAGGAGCGACUCAAUUCUUUGGCGAAGUUCAGAGGAGGCAUUACCACGGUUCUCAUUGCCACAGAUGUCGGAUCUCGUGGUCUUGAUAUUCCUAGCGUAAUGUUGGUUUUGAACUAUGACAUUCCUCGCGAUCCGACAGAUUACAUUCACAGAGUCGGUCGUACUGCUCGUGCUGGAAGAGGAGGACAGGCCAUCUCGAUUGUCACGGAGCGUGAUAUUGCUUUGGUUCAAGAUAUCGAGGCCAGGAUAAAUAAAACAAUGGACGAGUACCCGGUUCCAGAAAACAAGGCUCUCGAGCUCUUGACUGAAGUAACAUCGGCAAAAAGGGCAGCAAAUAUGGUAUGUUGCUGA